AUGUCCAAUGCAACCAUCACCCCCGAUACUCUCUUCAGAAGGGCCGCUACUACCAACCCCGCCGAGAGCAAGAAGGUGAACACGGCUACUCUAAACAACGCAUCCUUGCUCGCAGUGGUCAAGAAGACAAUUGCAGCAGCAGCUACCGCCAAAGUUGUCCGUGAGCUCGAUGCCGAAUUCGAAGCCAAAGCCCCUGUGGCCGUGCGGGUGGCGUAUCAAAUAGAGGGCACCGGCUGGAAUGCAUCCAUCCACGUGGACGUCAUGAGCGCGUCGACCGCAGCCAGGGCACAGACCGCAUUCAAGGAUAAUUUCAACACCCAACAAGCUAUCCCCCACGACAUGUCAGACUGGAAGGACCUGCAGCUCGGCCAGUACUCGUACCAGCAGGGCACAGUCGCCGCUGUGUGCCAAAAUAACAUAUAUUUCAAAAUCCGCGGCGACCGCAAGACAGCGAGGCAAAGCAGUGCGGAUGCGACAGGGCCGGCAGCGGCAUUGAACCUGCACCCAUUGGAGAGCAAUAGCAACAUGGCCAAGCUGCCCACUGGCACCACUAGCGGGAAUGAGGUUCCCGUGGCAUCUCUUGGUGUGACACCUGAGCAGAUCUUCACCAUUGCACGCGACUUGUGCGCCCACAUUACCGCCGGCCUUGCCGAAAGCCUGGCUGUGAUCCCCAAUCUGGAGCCCGAGAAGGCGGGUGAUCAGCUGUUCCUGCCCUUGCAAAGAAACCCCCCGCCUCAUAUUUCAUUUCCCAAUCUCUUGGCCAACAACUUUGUCCUCCACAUGGCAGAGGGACCGGAUUUUCUGGCCAUGCCAACUGUCAAAGAAACCAAGAUUACCUUUUCCAUUACCACGAAAAAGGGCGAAGGUGAACUUUUGGUCUAUACAAUUCACAAGGCAACACUGGCCGUUUUUCACAAAUCAAUCAAAGUCAAGGUCGCCGCCGCCUAG